GUGUGGUUUAGUUAUUGGUGUCAACAUGUUUUCCGUCAUUACCGUAAGCGACAGUUGCUAUGCCGGAUCUGCGACGGACAGCAGUGGACCCCAUUUGGUUGGGCUGAUCAAGCAAUCCUUGAAGCCCAUCUCGGUUAACUAUCUGUUGAUUCCGGAUGAGCGAGAAACCAUUGAGAAAUCGCUGAGCUACGCGUGUGAUAUCCUAAAAGCGCGUGCCGUCUUCACGACCGGUGGCACCGGGUUUGGGCCUCGCGAUGUUACACCCGAAGCGACACGUGCCGUCAUCACGAAGGAAGCCCCUCAGCUAGCCAUGGCCAUGAUGCUGCACAGUUUGGAGAAAACAAAGUUUGCCGUCCUGUCACGGGCCGUGUGUGGCGUACGGGGCGAAACGCUGAUCGUGAAUCUGCCCGGCAGCAAAAAGGCAGUCCAGGAGUGUUUCGAAUCGGUCGUCGAUGUACUACCGCACGUGCUGAACUUACUGUGCGACGCAGAGAUCGACCGCGUGCGGCAAACGCACGGAAUGGAGCAGGGAGUUCGGAAGGCCGCCGUGGCGAAACACGUUUGUCCACACGCCACUGGAAAAGGGUCGGAUGAGGAUCGAAAUUCGCCUUACCCAAUGGUCAGUGUGGAUGAAGCGCUAAAGCUUAUUCUGUCCACCUUCCCCACCGUCGAGGACGCAAAGUGUCAGCUGAGCCGCGUAAACAUCCCUCCUUUCCGGGCCUCGAUCAAGGAUGGGUACGCGCUGAAAUCGGUCGGCGGCAAGGGCAUGAAAAAGGUCAUCGGUUACGUCGCGGCCGGUGAUCCGACGGUGCGGAACAACUUUACGAUCGAUGAGUGCUUCAAGAUUAACACCGGGGCACCCGUCCCCGAGUAUGCCGAUGCCGUCAUUCAGAUCGAAGACACCAAGCUGGUUUCGCGGGAGAAUGAUUAUGAGAAGAUUGUGGAAAUUUUAACCAAUCCCACCCCGGACCUCGACGUGCGCGCGGUGGGAAGCGAUCUGCGGAUGUCGGAGCAAGUGUUUCGGUACCGUUUUCCACUCGACGCAAGCCAACGCGCAUUGCUGGCGGCAAUCGGGGAGAAGGUGUCGACGGUUAAGCUCAAGAUUGCCGUUCUGUCGACGGGUGACGAGCUCCUCCACCCGUACGACCCCAGUGCCCUGGCAGAGGCAGCAUCGUUGGAAGGGAAAAUAUACGAUUCCAACACCACCAUGCUGGUCGCGCUGAUGCGCCAGUUCGGGUUUUCCGACGAUCAGUGCGAAAUUCAGCAGCAAGUCGUCAAGGAUGAUUUCGCCUCACUCAAAAAAGCCAUCGAAGCGUUAACGAGUGAGGUACACAUUAUCGUCUGCACGGGUGGUGUCUCGAUGGGCGAUAAGGAUUUCGUAAAACCCGUCCUGAAGGAACUCGGCUACGAGCUAGGGUUCGGUCGGGUCAAUGUAAAGCCUGGCAAACCGUGCACGUUCGCCUCUCUUCCGUGUACUAAAUUCUUUGGCCUACCGGGCAACCCGGUGUCGGCGUUCGUAACGUUCCACCUGUUCGUUCUGCCUGCGCUGCGAUGGGGCCUCGCGGUGCUUAAUAAAUCGGCACCGCAGGCGGCCAAGUGCUGUUUGCCGAUUAUCGAUGUUGAGCUUUUAGACACGUAUGAGCUGGAUCCACGACCCGAGUAUGCCAGAGCCUCACUACGCUCGCGAAGGGGUAAACUGACCGCAAGCAUCACCGGUGACCAGCUGAGUAGCAAGCUGAAGAGCACCAUCGAGGCGGAUGCUCUCGUUGAGCUUCCGGCACGAACGGACCAGCGAACAACCGCGGAAGCCGGUACGCUACUUAAGGCGUACGUUAUACGGUCGGACUUUAUUUCGCAGUAUGAUUAAACUCGCUAUGGACAAGUGCGAUAUUUCCAGUGCACUGAAGGUUUUCUUCCUUCCAUCACAUC